CGUGGCUUUGGUCACAUGGGGGCGCGGCCAGCAACAGGGGGCGUGGCUUCGCUGGAGAGGGCGUGUCUGAGCCUCAAGCCCCGCCCCCGCCCCCGAACCGCCGCAACUUCCACUUCCGCCGCCGCCGCCGCCGUCUCCGCCGCCGCCGCCAUGGCCUCAAGGUUACUGCGGGUGAGCGCGGCCCUGCGGCUGCUGCCCGCCGCCUGUGCCCGCGCCGCGCCCGCCCGCGGCCUCGCCAUGCCCGGCGGCCUGGCCACCGAUGAGGAGCAGGCGACGGGCCUGGAGCGGAAAGUGCUGGAGGCCAUGAACAAGGGCCUGGACCCGUACAGCAUGUUCCGGCCGAAGCGCUACGCGGGGACCAAGGAGGACCCGAACCUCGUCCCGUCCAUCACCAACAAGCGCAUCGUGGGGUGCGUCUGCGAAGAGGACAACAGCUGCGUGGUCUGGUUCUGGCUGCACAAGGGCGAGGCCCAGCGCUGCCCCUCCUGCGGCGCCCACUACAAGCUCAUCCCGCACGAGCUGCCCCACUGAGGACCCCACCGGAGCCGCUUCUCAGCCCCACAACGCGUGGAGCCCCCUCCCCCCAUUUCCUCCUUUAUCCCCCUCCAGGGGGCUGCUCCCCCCACAUAAAGAGUUUGUGUCUGUGAGGC